AUGCUCCCUCUUGGUCAGGAUAUGCAGCUGCCGUCGCUCACCAUGAAAGCCCAACCAAUGAGUUGCAUGAGACGAUACAGGGAGUCUGAAGAGCCACUUCGAAGGUAUGAAGGUUAUCUUUAGACUACUUAACCUACUUGGAAUAUGGAAGUAAAAACCACUUCAAUAAAUUAUUUUCAACAUUUGCAGUUAUCCGAUAAUAUGGAGACCAUGGAUUCCCUGUCACAGAGAAACUGGACUUCUAGAAAAAGUAAGGACAUUCCCUUCUCUGCAACUGCUUUAGGCCUACAAUUAAAUUAUGAAGUAAUUCAAUUUCAUCCAACCUAUCAUCACAAGAAACCUGUAGCCUAGUAAACAAGAUUAUCUAAUACUUAACUGACACAGGUCCUUGGAAAUGCUAUAUCUUUUUUAUUGUAUAGGUUUACUAAUUUGAGUUAAAAAUGAACCUGCCUACUUGUCCUCUUUAGUUUGGCCAAGAUAAUGUGUCAUCAAGAACCAGACAGAUGACCAAAGGUGCCCAUGGAUUCCAGCACCCUGUCAGGUAUGUAGACUGUUAGCAGUUGAGAGAAGAUCGCAAGUUGGUAUUGUAACCACAUUGAGACAAAUUUUGGGAAAAGAGCUGUGUCCUGAAUCAAUUUGAUGAUUUGAUGUAACUAUCACCUUUAUAAAGACAAUUUUUGUAUAUUCUACUUUCUUUAAAUAGUAAAACACAGAUGUAUUUAAAAAUUCUAAAUACAUUCAUCUGAUCCAUAGGCUCUUCAUGCCGAAGUCCAGGACUGAGGAAUAUCUGUCUCAUUUGGGGAAGAAGGUCUUGGACAGUUUCCCUGUCCAAGCCACUCUCCACUUCUACAACGAUGACUCCAGCUCUGAGGAGGAGGAUGAUGAAGAUAUGGAGGAAGAGCUGGAGGUUAAUUCACACAGUUUGGAUCACAGGUCCCAUCCACUCAGAGAGAAUUCAGAG